AUGCCGGACGGGCUGGAGAUUGACCGAGAGAACCCGCUCAACGGCGUCAUGGCCGGGUAUGCCGAGCACGUCGUCGUAUGCACGGGUAAAGACGACUGGAUGUCCAAGAUUGAGGACGAGAACAGCGGCGACAAUCUUGCGGCGGAUCUGAAGGAGCUGUUUGGGAGAGGAGGGAAGUAUACGGAUCCGUUCCAUCACAUCUCCGUCAUCAAUUCCUCCUUUCCGAGCUCGGUGCCGCCCCGAAAGGAGAUACAGUCGACGUCGGUCUACUUGCUGCCCAGCUUCAAGUACGUGCCUUUCUUGCCGCGAGUAUCCUUUGACAGCGUUAAGGCACUUGCAAAGGGGUUCUUGCUGCCAGAGAAGCUACACCCAGCACACGCCGGGCUGUCACCUGUGCAUCGCGAUAGAUUGACUCGAAAGGAGGCUUUUCAGGGCUUAUUACCCGGGGUGCAGGACGUCAAGGAUGUCCUUGUGCUGAUAUGCGGGCACGGCGGGCGAGAUAUGCGGUGCGGCGCCAUGGGACCCGUGUUGAGGGGCGAGUUUGAGGAGAAGCUCGCGAGGCAAGGGUUCAACGUUGCGAGCGAAGCCGUUCAGAUCGGGAGCUUGGAUGGAAAUCUAGAGAUAGAGGGGAGCAGCAACGAUAAGGUGGCCAGGGUUGGCCUGAUUAGCCAUAUCGGAGGUCACAAGUUUGCGGGCAACGUGAUCAUCUACAUUCCGCCUGGACAUACGACCGCGGGGGGCGAGAAGCAUCCAUUGGCAGGCUAUGGGAUCUGGUAUGGGAGGGUAGAGCCGAAGCAUGUGGAGGGCAUUGUGGGAGAGACGGUGAUGGGGGGCCGAGUUGUGGAGGACAAGUUCCGCGGGGGGAUCGAUGCGCAUCGACGGAUCCUGCGGCUGUGA